GUGUGUGUGUGUGUGUGUGUGUGUGUGAUGUGUACGAAAGGGGGCGAUUAUGUGCGCUUGAACCAGGAUCGACGAAAUCCGAGGGGACUGCAUGGAACUCUUUGCACUUCCGAUAGAUUCCGAUGAUAAGGGCAUAUUCGGGGGGCAUUGGGGCGGUGAUAAGAUAUGGCCCACCCCGCCCCCGCGGUCAUCGGCAGCUCCGAGUUAUUCUCGUGCUUGGAGGGGAGGAUCGUUGGGCCCAGAAGCCCUCCCCGACUUUGGAAACUUGACAAUCAACAUGGGUGUUUGGGCAGAAAAAAGAACAAGUUGGCGUUGUGGAGCCGAGAUAUGACGGACGGCAAUCUACUGUGGAGCAGUAGCGGGGCCGAAGGGGGUGAUGCCGGCCUAACGGAGGCUUGCCAAUUCCAACUGACUGCGAUGGGCAGUGUUGUCACGGUGUGUAAUGCGUUUUUCCCGAGCCGUCAAGUCACAUUGGAGGCUGGAUGGCUGGAGCGCCUCAGCAUCGUGGGGUUGGUGUGGGAAAGCGCCUACUGCGAAGAGGUGGGAGGGCGGGAGCCUCUUCCAAGGUGGCCAGGCCAGUCCACGGGGAGGAAGUCUGGAGUCUGGAGAUGCUGCAAUCUCACUUCUUCUUUUUUUUGGUGUCGUUCCUCCGCCUCCUCCUCCUCAUUACCCCAGAGAAAUCUGGAAAACGUGCAAGUUCCGAGUGACCACUUACCCCAUGCUUGGGAAUUUAAUACGGGCUGGAAAGGCUUGGCCUGGGCAAGGUGAGUCGGUGACCUCCUUUUUCUGUCCGUCACAUGGCUCUGGGGAAUGAAGCUAGAAACACCCCUCCCUAGGUAGGCUUAGGUUAGGUACUAUUCAUUUUGCUCAGGCACGCCGCACACGAGGAAUCUACACAAAAUAUGAUGGAACGACCAUGGGAUCAAUAUUCA